AUGUUAUCGACAUUGCAACCGCCGCGUUCUCUUUCUCUCCUCCCUCUCCGAAGAUUCCACUGCUCCAAAACAAUCGUAUCCGCAGCUUCAUCUUCCCCCGCGACGACCUCCGACGCUGCUUCCGUAUCUCCUCCACAAUCUCAGAUUCUCACCACUCGUCGCUCUCUCCUCUCCGGCGAAACCACAGCUUCCGAAAUCGCAAAAUCUUACCUCUCCCGAAUCCGCCUCACUGAACCGCAGCUCAAAUGCUUCCUCCACGUAUCGGAGAAUGCUCUGAAAGACGCCGAAGAGAUCGACCAGCGAAUCGCGAGAGGUGAGGAGUUAGGUCCUCUAGCCGGAGUUAUAAUCGGUGUCAAGGAUAAUAUCUGCACGGAAGGUAUGCCUUCAACCGCCGCGUCUCGCAUCUUAGAGCAUUAUCGUCCGCCGUUUGAUGCGACGGCGGUGAAGAAGAUCAAGGAAUUGGGAGGGAUUGUUGUUGGCAAAACCAAUAUGGAUGAAUUUGGAAUGGGAAGCACAACUGAAGCUUCUGCCUUUCAGGUAACUGCAAAUCCAUGGGAUUUGACGCGAGUGCCGGGAGGUUCAUCAGGAGGAUCAGCAGCAGCUGUUGCGGCAAGACAAUGUAUGGUGUCACUUGGUAGUGAUACCGGUGGAAGUGUGAGACAGCCAGCUUCGUUCUGUGGUGUUGUGGGACUUAAGCCAACUUACGGGCGUGUCUCUAGGUUUGGACUUAUGGCGUAUGCAUCUUCGUUGGAUGUGAUCGGUUGCUUUGGCUCUACGGUUGCUGAUGCUGGGAUGCUACUUCAUGCUAUUUCCGGGUAUGAUAGGUUCGACUCCACGAGUAGCAAACAAGAUGUGCCUGAGUUCGAAUCUCAGUUUCUUUCGGUGGAUCGUUUUGAAUCUAAGCCACUGAAAGGAGUGAAAGUUGGUGUAAUACGCGAGACGCUUGAAGAAGGUGUUGAUUCUGGAGUGAGAUCUGCAACUCAGGAAGCUGCUUCUCACUUGGAAGCUUUGGGUUGUGUAUUGACAGAGGUGUCUCUUCCUUCAUUCUCUCUUGGACUACCAGCUUACUAUGUGAUUGCCUCAUCUGAAUCAUCUUCGAAUCUAUCGCGUUAUGAUGGUGUCAGAUAUGGGAAUCAAGUUAUGGCUGAUGAGCUCAAUAAGCUGUACGAAUGCUCCCGAGGAGAAGGAUUUGGUGGAGAGGUGAAAAUGAGGAUUUUGAUGGGAACGUAUGCACUCUCUGCUGGUUACUACGAUGCAUACUACAAGCGAGCACAACAGGUGAGAACACUAAUUCGAAAAGACUUCAAAGCGGCGUUAGAGCAGAACGAUAUUCUUAUUUCUCCAGCGGCUCCAUCUGCUGCAUACAAGAUUGGUGAAAAGAAGAAUGAUCCUUUGGCAAUGUAUGCCGGAGACAUUAUGACGGUGAAUGUGAAUCUUGCGGGUCUUCCUGCGAUUGUAUUACCAUGCGGAUUAGUCGAAGGAGGUCCAUCUGGUUUACCUGUUGGUCUUCAAAUGAUUGGUGCAGUCUUUGAUGAGGAGAAAUUGCUGAAAGUAGGUCACAUAUUUGAGCAGACUCUCAAAGGUUCAAGCUUUCUUCCUCCAUUGUUACCAAAUGUAGCCUAA